AUGGUUGCUAUAGAGCUUUUAGAACAAAUGAUCAUAUUCGAUCGCUGCCUCGAGUCUUGGUUGGAUUCAAUCCAAAAAUCCCAUCAAAAUUCUCGUAAAGACGGGAAGUUCACUUACGCUGCAUACUUUCUCAUCGGAUCCUUCUGCUCCGAUGGAGACAUCCACGUCGCUCAUGCCGCACUAUGCCCGCUUCCGAUCACUGCCGCUGACGGUGCUGGAGAUGCUUUGAGUAGGACACUAGAUGACGAAUGGAUCGCAGAUAAUGCAGAGAAGGUGACCAGAGUCCUCCCGGGAGGAGUUCAUGUUGUUGGCUUGCUAUGGUGUUCAGACAGAAAGUAUUUCAACGACCAAAAGUUAAUGCUUACAAAAGCUUUAGGCAGGAUCCAAAGAGCAACUAACUUGUUGACCACUCUUAGCCUCAGCUCCGUCUCAGAUCAUAUGGCCUUAGUUUUUAACGAGUAUCCAAAUGGCAAGCCAACGGGCUUUAUUGUUGAUGUCGUACGUAGAGGCCCUGAUUCUCCAACAAAAGUGUCUUUUUCUGCGCUCGAAUGGAUUUCGGUUAUAUCGAACGCCUCCGCAAGGAUAUGCUUGAACGUGCCAACGCGAACGAAACAGUCACAUUUCUUCACAGAAUUUCUGGCUUCAAUUAGGCCAUUUGCAGAAAAUUUUCUCAACUGCCCACUGGUACUGAUCAAUGGCGAAAUGCGUGACGAUUCGGAACAACUUUUUAAGGAUUUGAAGAAGAAGAAGGUGGAUUCCGUAGAAGUGCAGCUGUUCAUAGACGCUUGCGAAAACAAGGAGAAUGUAUGCGAACCGCAAGUGGCCACAAACCUUCAUGAGGUGUCUUUCGAUAUUGAGAUUCGUGCAGCUGUACCAUCGAGAUCUAAAGUUGGAGCGGUUGUAAUGGCUAUAAAGCACCAUUUAAUUAGGAGUCUGACCGCAAGAGCAGAGCUACAAUAUGAAUCAAUGGAUGUCGUGGAGGAGAGCAGCGCGGCACCUUGCUCCGUGCAUCAAAUGCCCCGUCCCGCUACAACUGUUCUUCACACUCACCCUGCCAUUCUGCUAUCAGACUACUUAUUCGAAGCCGAUACUAUCGAGGACGCCCAGAAAAAUUUCGAUGAAUUGAUUGGAUUGAAAACAAAUCUGGAACACAUCGAUGAAGGCUGGGAGCGGGGUCUCGAGAUAAACGAGAUGGAAGCUGUACGUGCGCCGCUAGAUGAUACUCCUAUUGUGAAUUUUAAGUCCAAAGACGACGACCUUGGCUCAAUAUCAAAACACAGUAAUGGAGAAGAGUCUCCUGAUUCCGGAGGAAAGCCUGGUACGGUAGCGCCAGGUAGGACGGGGUUGCAGGAAUCAUGUAGGCUACCAAAACGGAAAAGGACUAGGAUGGCGAUCUGUACUUAUAACGCACGUACGCUUGCAUCGGAAGCGGCCAUCGAAGAUCUGAUGAUGCAAGCCAAGAAGAUCAAGUACGACGUCAUCGGACUGACCGAGACGAGACGACGUCACCCUUUCAACGCCGUGUAUGAAACUGGAGAACUGUUCUUAGGAACAUGCGACAGUAGAGGUGUUGGUGGAGUUGGCGUCCUCGUCAACACGAGUAUGGCAAAGAACAUCGACUCUUUUGAACAACUUACGACCCGAAUCGGACGUCUGCGUAUGAGAAGAUGUAGCCCAAUACCAGCUUUGACUAUCUUUGUCGCUUACGCUCCAACAUCAAGCUACGAAGAAGAAGAAGUCGAAGCUUUCUAUAUGGACCUGGAGAAGUUCUGCCUGACGGACGUCAGUGUUGUACCAAAGUUCUAUACGGGAUCGGACCAUCGCCUCCUCCAAGGAAGAUUUUCCUUCACAAGGAGAGCAGAGAAAGCCGCCAAGUUCAGAGAGAGAAAUCCCAGGACUACCAUCAACUGGGAUCUCUUCGCUACGCUAGCCGGCUUUUGGGAAGAUUCCGCAAUGAACAACAUCGACGAGGAAUAUGACCGGCUUGUUGAACACCUUCACGACUGCGCGAAGAAGGCUGAGAGUUUUAAAAAUACCAAGAGGCGCCUGUCUCUUCAAACUCUUGGGCUGAUACGCCAGCGUGGAGCAGCACGAACUGCAGGGAACCAAGAACUCACGUCCGAGCUCGCAAGGCUUUGCAGAGAGGCGAUAAAGGAAGACCUUAGAGAGAGAAGAGCAGAAGUGCUGGCUGAAGCUGCAGAGGCGGGGAAAAGCAUCCGCUAUGCCUGUCGAGACUUCGCCAGUCGCAAGACGAGGAUGACUGCUCUCCGGAACCCGAAGGGAACAACCAUUGCAUCGAGAAGGGGAAUGGAGAAAAUCAUCUACGACUUCUACUCUGAUCUCUUCGACAGCCAUGUCCACUUGCCUCCUCACCAUCUGAGGGAAGAUGGACAAGUCAUUCCAGAGGUUCUCCCGUCCGAAAUACGAUAUACUAUCAUGUCGGUAAGAAAUCGUACGGCACCCGGUCCCGACAGAAUAAGACCAGAACACCUGAAGAGCCUUCCGCCAGUACUCAUCAAUACCCUGGCGAGGCUCUUUACACGUUAUCUGUCGGAAUGCAAGGUUCCUAAACAGUGGAAGACCAGCAAGACCGUGUUGUUGUAUAAAAAGGGAGAUCCACAUGACAUCGGCAACUAUAGUCCAAUCUGCCUACUGCCCGUCAUCUACAAGCUCUUUACAAGAGUAAUCCUUAAUAGGAUUGAAAAAGUCUUGGAUGAAGGACAGCCAUGCGAGCAAGCAGGGUUUCGAAAAGGAUUCAGCACGAUUGACCACAUUCACACUGUUUCGAAACUCAUCGAGAAGGCCUUCGACUCGGUUGAGACGAAAGCGGUCGUGGAAGCCUUGGACAACCAAGGCGUCCCUACUCAGUACAUAAAGGUACUUCGAGAGUUGUACAGUAACUUCACGACCGGAAUUUCGCCAUUCUACAAGAACAUCAUCAUUGAGGUGAAAAGGAGGGUCCGACAGGGUGAUACAAUUUCACCCAAAAUAUUCACAGCCACCCUCGAGAACGCAAUGCGAAAAUUGGAAUGGGACGACAUGGGAGUGAAGGUUGAUGGUCGGCAGCUACACCAUUUGCGCUUUGCUGAUGACAUCGUACUGAUAACACCUAGCACCAGCCAAGCGGAACGAAUGCUGACCGAAUUCGACGAAACAUGUGGAUCCAUCGGUCUUCAGCUGAAUAUACAAAAGACGAUGUUCAUGCGGGACGGAUUGGUCUCGGAUGCCCCAUUCACGCUCAACGGAACGAACAUAUCCGAAUGCACCAGCUACGUUUAUCUGGGUCGGGAACUGAACAUGAUGAACGACCUGACCCCCGAGCUGGGCAGGAGGAGACGAGCGGCUUGGGGAGCGUACAAGAGCAUCGAGGAUGUAGUGAAGAAGACCAGGAACACCCGGCUCCGUGCUCACCUCUUCAACACCACCGUACUUCCUGCUUUGACCUAUGCUUCGGAAACCUGGGCAUUUCGCAAGCAGGAAGAAAACGCGGUGAGCGUCAUUGAACGCGCAAUUGAGAGAGUGAUGCUAGGAGUAUCCCGUUUCACGCAAGUGAGGGACGGGAUUCGAAGUUCUCUCCUACGUCAGCGAUCGAAGAUUAGAGACGCCGCCGCGUUUGCCAAGGAAAGUAAAAUAAGGUGGGCCGGACACGUGAUGCGCUUUGAAGACAACCGUUGGACCAGAGCCGUGAGCGACUGGGUUCCCCGCGAUAUUAAGCGCACUACAGGAAGACCGCCGACCCGAUGGUCAGAUUUCUUCACGAAGUCCUUGAAAGAAAAAUAUGAUGCUCUUCGUGUCCCACGCGAAAGGAGGAACCACUGGGCUACUCUGGCACGCGAUCGGGACAAAUGGAAGAAUUACUGGCGCCCGCUCGACCAGUUCGAAGAUCAACGGGAGUCAAGGUGA